ACGCAAAGCCAGGCUGGUGUGGAAAGGAAACCGUCAGCAGAAUACAGAAGAGGACAAAGCAAAAAGUUAACUGGAGAUUUGGAAGUGAUGUGGAAAACACUCAGAAUGGAAGGCAAACUCCCGUAUCUCCUCCUGCUGGUGGGAGCAAUCCUGACUGUUCAGUGCCAGGGCUUACGCGUGCGUUUCAAACGGGGAGCCAGAUCUAGAGCCAUUUGCACAGACAAUUCAUCUGGAGCAAUUUACCAGCACAGGGGGACCUGGCUGAGGCUCUCAGGGAGCAGAAUAGAAUACUGUAGGUGCGACAGUGGUUGGAGUCGCUGCCACACUGUGCCUGUCAGAGCCUGUACUAGAAAUAAAUGCUACAACGGGGGUCAAUGUUCACAGGCAUAUUAUUCCCCACAGCUCUUCAUCUGCCAGUGCCACCAAGGUUUCUCUGGGAAGCAGUGUGAAAUAGAUACUGAAGUUAAGUGCUACAAAGAUGCUGGAGUAACAUACAGGGGUACAUGGAGCAUGACAGAGACUGGAACUGAAUGUUUAAAUUGGAAUAGCAAUGGCCUGAUGGACCGGACAUAUAGCGGCCGAAGAGAGGAUGCUGCUGAGCUAGGAUUGGGCAAUCACAACUAUUGCAGAAACCCAGAUGACGAUUCCAGACCUUGGUGCUAUAUCUAUAAAGGGGGAAAGUACAUCUGGGAACACUGCAGUGUGCCCUCGUGUUCAAAAGCUGGGAACAUCAACUGCAAAUCUGGAAGAGGCGGAGAUUACCGAGGCAGCCACAGUAUUACCAGUUCUGGAGCUACCUGUUUGAGGUGGAAUUCUCAAAUUCUUGUCAACAAGUUAUACACUGCUUGGAGAAGAGAUGCUUACCAGCUGGGCCUUGGUAGUCACAAUUUCUGCCGGAAUCCUGACAAUGACAGCAAGCCCUGGUGCCAUGUACUGAAAGGGAAUCAGCUCACAUGGGAGUACUGCAAUGUGCCUACUUGCUCCACCUGUGGCUUACGGCAGCACAGAGUACGCCAGUACAGGAUUAAAGGUGGCUCUGACGCAGACAUUGCAGCUCACCCAUGGCAAGCUGCCAUCUUCGUGAACUAUCGCCGAGCGCCUGGAGAGCACUUCCUCUGCGGAGGAAUUCUGAUUGCUUCCUGCUGGGUUUUGUCAGCUGCUCACUGUUUUGAGGAAGGCUUUAGUACAAAUCAGCUGAAGAUUGUGCUGGGUAGGACUUCCCGAGCAACUCCCGAGGAAAAUGAACAAAAGUUUCAAGUAAAGAACUACACUGUGCAUCAGAGGUUUGACUCAGAAAGUUUCAACAAUGAUAUUGCUCUGUUGCAGUUGAACUCAGAUGUAGAAGACUGUGCUAUUGAAACAGACACUGUUCAUGCUGCCUGCCUCCCAACACCAGAACUGCAACUGCCUGACUGGACGGAAUGUGAGAUCUCUGGUUAUGGCAGAAAUGAAGAAUUUUCUCCAUUCUAUUCAGAGCACCUGAAGGAAGGCCAUGUCAGACUGUUUCCAGCCAGUCGGUGCACAACACAGCAUCUAGACAACCGAACAGUUACAGAUAAUAUGUUAUGUGCAGGAGACACAAGGCACCUUGAUGAUGCCUGCAAGGGUGACUCUGGAGGGCCUCUGGUCUGUAUGAAGGAUGAUCGUAUGUAUCUAAUUGGAAUCGUCAGCUGGGGAAUAGGCUGCGGCCGCAAAGACAUACCUGGCGUUUAUACAAAUGUGCAGCGUUAUCUUGACUGGAUUCAGGACAACAUGAAACUCUGAGAAAGA